GUCGGAUAGUCCGAAUAUACGGAGUAUACAGUACAACAACAGCCCAUCUGUCCGCAAGUCUUCCGCCAAACCCCCCAAGCCCUGCAAAAGUCAAUUCCCUCUGCAGUUUCGAACGAUACCCUUUUCGACGCAGUUCCUAACAAUUGGCAAUUCAGUAUCCACGACCAUGAAGUUUUUCGCCGUCCUUGCUUUCGCCCUUCCCGCCGUCUUCGCCGACAUUAUCAACAAUGAGCACCUGAAGACAGAAGUGACCGUUCCCGCCGAGUGCAAACGCAAGACUGUCGCUGGUGACAAGAUCAACGUACACUACCGUGGCACGCUCGAGACGGACGGCACCGAGUUCGAUGCCUCAUACAAUCGCGGCCAGCCCCUCAGCUUCACUGUCGGCCAAGGCCAGGUGAUCAAGGGGUGGGAUCAGGGCCUUCUCGACAUGUGCCCAGGCGAGAAGAGGAAGCUGACCAUCCAGCCCGAGUGGGCCUAUGGCGAGAGGGGCGUUGGUCCUAUUCCUGCAAACAGCGUGCUGAUCUUUGAGACGGAGCUGGUUUCCAUCGAAGGCGUGGACAAGGACGAAUUGUAAAUGUACAUCGAGAGUAUGCCCAACCCCACCUUUCGGUCCACCAUGGUCCGCCCAUCACGCUGGACACGCCAUCCCUCGCCCAAGACCUCGUCACAACAUGCUUACUUGAUGCCAUUGUGAAUUUCAAAGCAUGUCACUGACUAUGGCUCACUGUAAAGUACUUCAUGUCUGUGGGUGCCUGUGUAUAUGCAGCAUGUGACUUCCACAUUGUGAAGUAUGCGGCAUUCAAUCAGCGUCGCACAGUGUCUGAACGGAUUCCAGAAC